AUGAAACCUCUUACUAAAAACAUAUUGAUCGGAUUGGCGGUUGCGAUAACUAUCGUUUUAAUUCUUCUCAUAAUUCUGUUCGUUGUUAUGUAUGUGUUGUUGGUUAUAGAAAAAAAUGAAGAGCACAGAAAGUUAGGACAUUGUGUACCGCUAAUAGACUCCGCCCUUGAAACCGAAGAAGAUUUUUACAACUCGACGAAAACAUUUUUGAGUAGUCCCAGUAACUACAAGGAGUUGGCGGAUGAAUGUGAAAAAGCUAUAAAUUGCGUCGGAACAGUCGAUUCAUUUAUCUCGGCGGAUGUACUUCACACGUUCUCCUCUUGUCAGUUUUAUGUGUUUUAUAAUAGGCAGUUUGCGCCGUGCGCAGAAAAGCUGAUAAUGAAGAGAGAUGGAGACGCAGCAUGUUUGAAAAGGGUUUUCGAUGAUAGUGAAGAGUCAACCGAUAGCCGCUGCAAAGAAUGGGAUAACAUUCAAAAGUGCAUAAAAACGCAGAUCGGCAUCACUUGCGGCGACGAGAUGACGAAGCGUUAUGAGGAGGAGGCCGCCAAUCUGCGUUCCUCGAUUUGCAUGGGAGGAGAAAGUUUAGUUUAG